AUAUGGUUUCCACAAGCAGGUCUGCUAUCAGCCAAUGAGAUUUAGGGGGAUGGAAGUUGAAUGAAGUAAGAUAGAGCAUUUGAUGGUUGGGUAUAGGUUAUCAGUUUACACUCUUGCCUGUGCCUGUGGUACAUACAGUAUCAUAUACUGAGGCAACUGUGUUACAUUAUUAGUAUACAUGAGUUGUGUUUGGGGUGAAUAAGAGGAAUAUUAGUAGACAUGAGACCAAUGCAGGAGAACAUCAAGGUGCUUUACUUUGCAAACAAAUGUCUGGAGCCAUAUGUAGAGAUCAUCACAGGGAAGGAUUCAAUAAAGCCUCGAUGGAGCGUGUGCAGGUCAGAGGAGGGUAAACGCUCUGAGGACGAGGAGCCUGAGUACAUACUUCCUGUUCUCCGAAAUCACAGCCAGCUCCUCAACGACCAACACAUCGAGAGUCUAGCCAAUCACAUACCAGUGAGGACACAGGGUAUCCAUGGAACCUGGUCUACAGCACAGCCAUUCAUGCACCAGCCUGAAGACUCUGUACAGGCAAAUGGCCACAUCGACAGUCCUGUGCUUCUGGUCAUCAAAGACUGGGAAAAAAGGUGUUUGGUGCCUUCUCCUCCCAUCCCUUCAGAGUGAGUGACUGUUGCUAUGGAACAGGAGAGACUUUUGUCUACAGCUUCGACCCUGCAUUCAAGGCCUACAGGUGGGUGGUGAGAACUCGUACUUCAUCAGGGGCCAUAUGGGACUCUCUUACAGAUUGGUGGAGGAGGGGGGCUUUUUGGCCUGUGGCUGGAUGCUGAUCUGUACUACGGUGCCGCUUCCAUGUCACACCUUCAACAACCAGCCCCUGUCCACCCAGCAAGACUUCACAGUGCAGGCCUGGAGGUCUGGACUGUCCAGUAAACAGAGCGAGACGCUGAGAGACUCAGAAGCGGAAAGAGAGAGAGAAAAAAGCCAGAGCCAUGUCUAUCUAUGGUUUACAACAUGGCUUUACUUGUGUUCAGUGAGGUUUAGCCUGUGUUCAAGCUGUUAAAGUACAGUAAGCUUAUACAGUAAGCUUGGUUUGUCCAAUGACUGUAUAUAUGAAUGUACAAUGCCAUCGAUCACGUGACACCAGUCAUUCCUAUGUGAAAACUCAUAGUGCAUUUGAAGCCAGGAGUCCGUUAAGAUGGCGUCUCAUGUGGGAGAUUUACGUAGGCAUUACAUGCUUAGUUUGAGCUACUCCAGGAUGUGACGUUGCAGGCUAGCUGCCCCCUCUCAUUGAGUAUUUCACGUUAAAGCAGAAUGGGGCAUGCUGCCAUUACUACUAAAUUAUGAUAAUAACUUCUUCUGUGUGCGAUUUU